CCCUGCCCUAAUAUGUAGGCGGUACUCAGGGCUCCUUCUGUCCCCCCUUCCAGCUGCUGCGGGCCCCUAACGUGUCUCAUUUAAUUUCCACUACCACUUGGAAAGUUUCAAUGCCCUAAAGGGAGAAGCACUUAGAAAGAAAAGUGAAUCUGUGUACAAAUGCUGGCCGGAUUGUAUGGGAUUUCAUAACCUAUAGAGCUGAAGUCUGACUUAUACAACUAGAAGAUGUAAAAAGUUGUGGACUUUUUUUUUUUUUUUUUUCCUGAUGUAAUUUAUACAACCUGUCAGUGAACUGUACAUAGGCUCUUCCUCCAAGCCCCAGCCCACUCCCUCUUGCCUUAUACAAUACCAGUUUUAUAAACUGUAACGUGCCUUAACCUGCUCAGGGAACUGCCCUUGAGGGCUACUGAUUGGCUACUCACUGGCCCACAGUUGUAUAAAUACAUCUCAGGGGCCGGCAAGUUUUAAUCACCUUUCAAACCCUAUAAGGAGCACCCUUGGAAGGCAACAAACUACUUUUACUGCAAAGAUGCCAGCUGGAGAAAUCUACCCAGUGGCCCCUGUUCAGGAGACCUCCAAAAAGGAGUUGCCCAGCAUUCACGGCAAGCAAAGAGAAUACAAACUGAUCCAGGUGAAGAACACUUGGUGUCGGGUGGAGAGUGGGCACGAAUUUCCCUGCACUUGGGAAGAAGACCAGAUUGUGGUUUCUCAAGCCAAAAUUGGGGAAAAGAUCUGCAGUUCUGGUAUCUGCUGGACAGUACAGGCCCCCAUCAUUUUCCGCUACAAAGUGGUAGAAAGCCAGGACCUCCUUGACCCAUGCAAUCCUACCCUUCUCUAUGGCCAUGUGUCCGAUGCAGAAGAGCUGGAGGCCUACCAGAAGAAGCCACAAAAGCGUUUAAUAGUAAUAGACACGACCGUCGAUAAAUUGUACGGCGCCAGAGUCCGAAAGUACCUUGAGGCCAACAAUGUCAAUUAUAAAAUUCUCCCUUUCGUAACCACUGAAGAAACCAAAUCCAUGGACCUGGUGAUGAACAUACUACAGGAAGUCCACAAGUUUUCCCUCGAUAGACGUACUGAGCCGAUCAUUGCUAUCGGAGGUGGCGUUUGUUUGGACAUUGUAGGCCUAGCCGCUUCCCUUUACAGGCGUCGCACCCCUUACAUUCGAGUUCCUACAACCCUCCUCUCCUACGUCGAUGCCAGCGUUGGGGCCAAGAAUGGCGUCAAUUUCUGCAACUGCAAAAAUAAGCUGGGAAGCUACACUCCUCCGGCCGCCACCUUCCUGGACAGGUCCUUUAUCCAAACGAUUCCGCGCCGACAGAUCUCUAAUGGCCUUGGUGAAAUCCUCAAGAUGGCAUUAAUGAAGCAUAAGGGUUUGUUUGAACUCCUAGAGCUCCAUGGGAAACACCUGCUAGAUACAAAAUUUCAAUCUAGGCUAGGUGUUACAAGUCGUGGGGACCCCGCCCUAAAGACCACCAGACUCGCCAUUGAAACAAUGUUGGAGGAGCUGGCCCCCAAUCUCUGGGAGGAUGAUCUGGACCGUCUAGUGGACUAUGGUCAUGUGAUCAGCCCAGAGCUGGAGAUGAAAGUCUUACCUGCCCUAAUGCACGGCGAAGCAGUGAACAUAGACAUGGCGUUCAUGACACACGUAUCCUAUGUGCGAGGGCUGAUUACAUUGGAGGAGAAGGAUCGUACCAUUCAGUGUAUGAGAGGUCUGGAGCUGCCAGUUUGGCAUGCAGACUGCGCAGUGUCACUCAUUAAGAAAGCCCUAGCUGAAAGAUUCAAGCACAGCGGAGGAAAGAUGCGACUCCCUCUACCUACAGGACUGGGAACUGCAGAAAUCUUCAACGAUGUGAGUCAGGGUACUAUAGAAGCAGCGUAUAAGAUGUGGGAAGAGGACUGUAGAAACAGUACUUCAUAAGCAUUGGCAGAACAGGAGCCCCUGAGAACUCUGCGUGGGAUGUUCCUACCUAUAGUCCCCCAUAUGUUCGUGGUUUAGUCCACAGUUUACAUUGCCUGAAUCUGAGCAUGUUCCUACACUCAAAACCCGCAGUGCUGGCAUCGUAGGCUGCUGGGGAACCAUGUCUCAUUAAGCACUUUAAGGACCAUUAUUGGGACGUUUCAGAACUCGUGUGACAAAUGAGUGUAAGCUUUAAAGCGCAAAGGAGCUAGUUUUGAGCUUUUCUACAAUUAGAUGGUAAGAUGCUUGGAGGGAAACGUAUCAUAAUUUGGGGCACUUUUGUAUAAAUCCAUAAGGAUGCUAGAAACGGUAGCUUUAUAAUUGUACUAAGCACAAUUCAUAAGGACCUCUGCAUGGAUAAUGUUACUCUAAAACUGGGCUGCUAUCUGGAUGAAACCCUGCUUUACUUCUGUAUGUGAGAGCAUAGAUAUUAUUGCAAGUAGUGAUCUUGCCCAAAUCCACUGAUAGCGAGUGUGUUCAACACAGCGAAUGAACGUAAUACACAAGAGGCGUGGAAAUCCUGUAUAUUAUAUCCUCUUACAUGGUGCUUAGUGAUAUCAUAAGGGAUGUUGUCUGUUUGGUGCUUAGUGAUGUCAUUUGUCACAUGACACUCUUAAACUUGUAUAUUAUAAUAAUGUACCCCCUUCUUGAUAUAUGUUCUAGCAGUCGCCUCAGAGUUCCAUGACCUGCAACCUUCAGCCUUAUGCUUUUAUAUGGUCAUGGAGCUCCUUGGUGACUUAAUAUCCCUAUAGUUUACAAUAAGGGGGUACAUUGUUUACUAUGUGUAUAUAAAACCCUUUAUUUGUAUGCUUAUAGAGACUAGGAAAGAAUAAUGAAUUUUGUACACUAAAUAUUCCUUCCAUAUGUGUUUUGAAAUUGCACAUAAGUGGGAGCUGCCAUGUUGCUUGAAUAGGCCAGUUCAUAUGCUGCAACCCCAGCCAAAAUACAUAGAAAGUUCUAUACUCAGUUGGCUUUACCUCAAACUUUAAAGUUUUAAAGGGAAUACAUCCCCAUUUUUAAAAGGUACACAUCUUCCGUUUGAUGUCAUCUAUUACAUUAAUCUGGCAAUGCAUUCAUUCAUUCAUUCAUAGCUUUUAUCAAACUGCCAAGUAUAUGGGGAAUAUUUUAAACUGUACCCUAUGGGUAUAAUGAGAACCCAGUGUGUAUUUUCAUUGCAGAUACUUACUUAAUGCAUGAUGUGUAACAUUUUGAACAAAAAAGGAUUUAGGGCUGGAUAUCCUUUAUGAAGAUCGCAGUUAGAAAUAUGAACUACUUAUAACAAACUUGGUUUAUACAUUAUAACGAAGAAUGUGCUAAAGGAUGAUGGUGUUAUUUGUAAUAAGCAGAUCAUAUAGAAAUAUUUGUAAUAAAUUAAAUGAGCAAAUCA